AUGCUAACACAGCAAGUCGAGAAUUACCCAUCCGGAUAUCCCCGUUUCACUGCGCUCCUGUCUGCCUAUAGCCCCUACUUCCUUUGUCGACGCUUUGACCAGCUCCGAGCUCGACUCUUGCUGCUUAAACAAGAUCGACUUUCUAUGCUCGAGCAAAAGCUCGAAGAGGUCGAUCGUAACGAAGCAUCUCUUCUGUUUCUUGGGAAGAGCCGAUGCGACCGGAAUGUGGAUCGUAUUUCCGUUCUCUCGGAUAUUGAAACAUGCCUUUCUGAUUACGAUGAUUUCGUCGAAAGAACAACCCGGAUACUUAGUCUUGGCAAAGCUCAGCACCGAGAUGUUGAGAGCUUGCAGAAUUGGUUGGACGGGAACGGAUGUCUGGCCAGAGAGGAAGCCGCAUAUCUUUCGCAUCGAGAACUGAUAACUUUGGCUCCGCCUCGCGACAAUGCAAUAGCACAAUUUGAAGCUUGGAUAGAGGAUAAACUCAUCCGAUUUGAUCGCAAUUUCCGAAAGAGUCAUUUUCAUGACGUCUCUAACGAUCCAAAUGUAUAUAUCUACUCAGGGUCUCAUAUUCGCCGAGCUGCUAGGACACUGCUGUUAUGUUUGAUCACGGUUCUCCUGCUCAUGCCAGUGGUCCUAUGCAAUUCGAUCGUCGCGGUCUCUGCUCGAAUGACCGUCAUUGUUCUUUCUACGAUACUAUAUCUCUUGGUCAUCUCCGAGCUUACCCAAUCGAGGACAUUGGAACUAGUUGUAGCAGGUGCAACUGUUCGUGUCAAAUACGAGCCCAAUACAGAAUGA